AUGGACCGUCGUAUUGAAGUUGCAUUGAAAUACUUAGCAGCAUAUUUAUUAUUAGUUAACGCAGGAAAAACUUCUCCAUCAGCAGAAGAUAUCAAAUCAGUUUUAUCAGCAGCUAAUGUUGAUAUUGAAGAUAAUAAAGUUGAAAAAUUAAUUAGUGAAUUAGAUGGUAAAAACGUUGAAGAAUUAAUUGCUGAAGGUAAUGAAAAAUUAUCAAGUGUUCCAACUGGUGGUGCUGCUGCUGGUGGUGCUUCUAGUUCAGGUGCUGCUGCCGGUGGUGACGCUGAAGAAGCUGCUGCUGAAGAAGCUGAAGAAGAAAAAGAAGAAUCUGAUGAUGAUAUGGGAUUCGGUUUAUUUGAUUAG